CACUUCUUUACCUCGCAUCGAUUCUCUUGUGCUUAUAUCCUACCGUGACUCACUCCGAACUUCUUCUUCCUUCCUUCCUCCUCUUGCAUUCUCCACCCACUAUUCUGAACACCUUCAUCAUCAACUCAGGUUACACAAAAUGUCUACAUUAAUCAGUAAUCGAUUAAUGAACCCUGAAAGACUUCAUCAGUCUCAUAAAAGUGACAGUAAUACUAGCUCUAAACAACAAGUAUCAGCUUACAUAGCAAAGUUCCCUCCAAAAGGAGAACUUGUUGGUCAAUUCAAUCCAAAGGUAGACCCUCAUUUACAUUAUGAGUUUGGUGGACCUCUUGGUACUUCCUUCAUGAUGGUUUUCUUUCCAUCAUUGAUGUACUAUUUCUUUAUCUGUCUAUGGUGCUAUGAUGGAAAGUUAUCUCGACCAGACUCGUUGAUGCCAAAUGAUGUGAUAAGUUGGUGGACUGAAUUUUGGGGUUUGAUCAAAUUGCACACUUGUCCAACUUGGAGCUCUUUUAGACUUUACACUGGUUUUAUGCUCUAUGAAUUAUUCUUGGCUUGGGUGAUGCCAGGUGUUUGGCAAGAAGGUUUACCAAUCCCUUCACUUAAUGGUGGAAAGAUGCUUUACUAUUGUAAUGCGCUCGCCUCCUGGUACACGACUCUUGCAACUGUAUUCGUUCUCGAUCGAUUUACACCAUAUUUCAAGCUAGUAGACAUUUUCGAUCAAUUAGGUCAUCUCAUGACCAUUGCUACUUUCUUUGGAUUUGCGAUCUCGAUUUGGUAUUACUUUGUUCCAAUCUUACAAGGACAAAGUGUUAGAAUGAGCGGAAAUGCAAUUUAUGAUUUCUUUAUGGGAGCUGCUCUUAGCCCUCGUAUUGGUCAUAUUGACGUAAAGCUGUUUGCAGAAGUUCGGAUUCCCUGGAUUUUGCUCUUCUUGAUCGCUCUUUCAGGUAGUGCAAAGCAAUACGAAACCCUGGGUUAUGUUACUUCAAACUCGAUCUUUAUGGUCAUGGCCACUGGAUUGUACAUCAAUGCCUGCUGUAAGGGUGAAGAGAUGAUCCCUUUGACUUGGGAUAUGUGUUAUGAGAAAUGGGGUUGGUUACUCUGUUUUUGGAAUUUCGCAGGGGUGGCAUUUUUUUACUGUCAUUCUGUGAUCCAUAUCACCAAACAAGCACCAACCGAAUACGCAUACUCGACUCCUAUAACGAUUGCACUCUUUGUCACUUAUUUGAUUGCUUAUUACUUUUUUGAUACCUCAAUGAGCCAAAAAUGUAGAUUCAAGAUGGAACAAGAUUUAGGCUCUGAAGUGACUCAGAGAAUGAAUGGGUUUCCUCAAUUACCUUAUGGAUAUAUCAAAAAUCCUAAAAUGAUCGUUAUGGAUGGUGGUCGUAAAUUGUUACUUGAUGGUUGGUGGGCUUAUUGUCGUAAACCGAAUUAUACCGCUGAUCUUAUUCAAGGUUUAUGUUGGGGGUUAAGUUCAGGUCAAACAAGUUGGAUCCCAUAUUUCUACCCAGUUUUCUUCUUAUGUAUGCUCUUACAUAGAGUUACGAGAGAUAAUGAAAGAUGUUCAAAAAAAUAUGGUAAAGGUUGGGAAGAAUAUUGUCAAAAAGUCCCUUACUUACUUAUUCCCGGUGUUAUUUGAGAAAGUAAAGUCCUAUGGUAUCACAAUACUUGGUAUAUCCGAUUCCCCAAUAUCUUUUCAAGAGUAUUCACAUCUUAUUAAGACUUCUCAAAUGUGAUUCAGCAGUCUUGGGAAUUAGAAUCACUAUCAUAUCAUUCUCGCGAGUCUUUUUUCAAUGGGACUCAUGAACAACUAAGAAAAACCUCAUCAAUUCCUUUCCACUUUUUUUGUAAUUUCUUUGUUUGUAACUAGUACUUCAAUGAACCUUGUUAUCUCUGUCUGCUAUCCAAAUACCUUCUGAAGGCCAAUCGUAUGCAAUUAUUUGUCGUUGCUUAUUUGAAGACUU